AGUGAAAGUAGUUGUUAGAGAUGGUUUUCUUAUUUUCUAAAAUAAACCUACUCCUAUCCUCAAACACAAAUCUGUAAGAUUUGAGGCAUAACAUAACCCCAGGUUCAAACAUUGAUUGAUCUGCCUUUGAAGUGACACAGCAUGGAAGCUGCCCACUUAGCCCGCCUUCGUGAAGAACAAGACAAGGCUAUCCUAGAGACAGAUCAGAGAAUAGCACAAUGGGAGGAGAUGAAGUCCAAUUACAAAGCCCUGCAGGAUAGGCUUAACUCCCUGUCACAUAAAACAUCCCAUGAUAUAAUGGUACCAUUUGGUCCAUGUGCUUUUAUGCCAGGAAAGAUAGUUCAUACUAAUGAAAUAAUGGUAUUAUUAGGUGAUAAUUGGUUUGUUGAAAGAUCAUCUAAACAAGCUGCUGAAAUAGCUGGUAGACGAUUAACAACCAUUGAUAAAUCUAUACAUGAUUUAAAUGAGCAGAAAAAACUUUUACAACCUAGAGUAGAUGUUACAUCUGAACUCCAAAAUAUAUCUCAAGAAAAAGAUGGUGUAAGAGAAAUAGUAGAAAAUUAUGAUUCUGAGGAAGAAAGAAUUUGGAAAGAAAAACAUCGAAAAAACGUGCAACUGCAAAAAAAGAAAGAAAAAUUAGAAAGAGAGAAAAUAGAAGCAAAGAAUGAAAAAAAGAAGGUGUUAACAGAUGAAGAAUUGUGGGCUAGAUUAGAUGAAUUAGAAGAAAUUGAAACAAAAGGAAAAGAAUUACAGAGAUUGAGGGUGGAGGAAGUGCCAUCAGUACCAAGUUUUUUACAAACUCAACCAAUGUUAGAUGAAUCAACCAAUACACAAACUAGUAAAAAACAUAUACAAUGGCAGGAUAAUGAAUCUGAUGAUAGUUAUGAUGAACAAUCAGAUGAUAAUGAUAUAGUCAGUACCUGUUGUACAAACCGUAUUACCUUUACUCAUACACCUGUACAGAAUAAAUCAGAAAGUAGUGAAGAAUGUAAUGAGAGUACACCUGAAAAUAUAACCAGUCCAUCUGAUGUUUAUAAAUAUUUUGGUCACCUGACUCAACCUAAAUCUAUUUUAAAGAAAGAAAAGAAACAGUCUGUACGUAAAGCUAGAGAAGCUGAAAUAGAAGAAACCAGAAACAGAGCAUCUAUCAAAAAAAUGUCUGAUACCGCUUUUACUGGAACAAUAUUAGAAAAAUCAGCUGAAACUUUACCUAAAGUCAAAUGUCCAACACCUAUGAUUCAAACAACAGAAACAAAUAAACGUCCAGUUUCCAAGUUCCGUGCUUCUAGACAGAAAUAAUAUAUUGAUUACGAUUUCAUCAUUUGGUUCAGUAUCUUAAGACACAAGAUAAACUGACUGUGUGAAAGUUAUGAUAAUGGUUACAAAUCAUUAGUGAUAUUUGCUGAUAUAUUGGUGCUACAUAGUUUAUUUGUGGUGUAUUUUAACUUGUUGUUGCGGUUUGUUAAUAUGUGAAAUGAAAUGAAAUGAAAUGUGGUUUAACAUCCUACUGUUCUACACCAACCGGUCUAAUGAAGACAGGCAAACACCAUGCAGUGUGCUAUGAAGGAAAUUUUGCCUGGUUAGCAGCGCUUUGGCCUACUCUAAUUUUAAAUUCCAUCUGUUUAGGAUUCUUUCACACACGACCUCAUUUUUCGUCUCAUUUAAAUGACUCUUAACAUGUAUUUCGAAUUCCAUCUGUCAAGUUUUCUUUUACCGGCACGCCUAUGUGUACACAUGAUCUCAGUUUUCCAUCCCAUUUGAACAACUAGGCACUCUUACAUGCCAGUCUGGUUAAAAUACAGAUCUAUAUUUCGAUUUGUUUUUUUAUACUUUCAAUGGCCUCUACUACAUGAAGGUCUGACGGUUCAUUUCAAAAUGGAUUAAGAACCAGACUCUGACCGGUUGUAGUGGAAGGUCGCGUCAGAGGUCAUACGAGCGACUUUUGACCCUAUGACAUCAGACAUUUGAUUAACCAAUCAGCAUUGAUGUUUUAAGUGGAUUACUCACAGUUCCAUGCACUUCACACCAAAAACUGUGUUUUAAUCAGAUAGUCUUCCAUGCCAAGCCUUCCAUCUGCACCACAGACAAUGGCCAACACAGAGUCCUGUACCUUCUGGUUAGUGAGCUGAUGCCAGGCCCCCCCCGUUAGCACUGAUAAAAUAUAAAAUGUAAUAAACAGUAAUUGUAUUCUAUAGAAUUGUGACCUGUGUAUUUCAAGUUCAAUUAUUAAAUGCCUUUGAAACAAUUUAAUCCUGUUUAUGUUUGGGUUAUUUUCUUCUAAAUUAUGUUGGCAGAAAUAUUACAACUUGUUUUACAUGUUAAUGAAAAAUGAUAUUGUUAGUUUUAUAGCCAUUGACAUGUUAUUGUUAGCUUAAUGGUUUUUCACUCCAAAAAUCAGAAAAACUAUAAUUAAACUGGAAUGAAA